AUGGAAGAAGAUUACGAUAGUACUAUAUUCAACCCAUUGCCAAAUGAUGUUCGUAAAGCAUUUGACGAAUUCAUCCAUGGAUCUGAAUUUAAUAACCGAGAACGCAUUGAAUACUCGAAAUGGGUUCGCUUACACGUACAUCUUGACAAAUCUAAUCUAGUUCCAGAACCCGGUAAGGAUUCACGAUUACGGUAUCGUGCAUAUGAGGAUUUUGAGUUUAUUAGCAAGAGGCUUUAUCGCCAACCUGAUCAACGAUUUCCAAAUCCAAGAUAUGUUGUUCCAGAGAGCGAAGUCUUUGAUAUCAUUGUGAAAGAACACCUCCGGCUUCUUCAUACUGGCCAAGAUAAGACUUGGGAUGCAAUCAAGCUUCGAUACUACGGUAUUAAGCGUGAAGACGUUAUCUUCGUGGUUAAGCGAUGCAAGAACUGUGCAUUGAACAGACCAUCCGCAAUUAAAGCUCCAUUAGUGCCAAUUAUAUCUGAGAGAGCUUGGGAACGAAUACAGGCUGAUCUAAUCGAUAUGCGGCACGAACCAUCAGGCCAAUUCAAAUGGAUCUUACAUAUCAAAGAUCACUUUACGAAAUAUUCGCAAUUAUACGCACUUACAAGCAAACAAGCCGAGCCUAUUGCCAAAGCCUUCCUUCAAUUCAUCGGUGCGUUCUUACCACCAAAGAUCGUACAGGUUGAUAACGGUAGAGAGUUCCAAGGAGCUUUCUUAAUUCUACUUCGAAAGUAUGGUAUCCAGAUUAUCAAUGGAUCCCCAAGAUCGCCCCAAACCCAAGGUUUAGUUGAACAGGCGAAUAGAGUUGUAUCAAGUAAGAUAACUGCAUGGAAAGCAGAUCAUCAAUCAACUCAAUGGGAAGAAAGCCUUACUGAGAUCAUGCUGGCGAUGAAUACACAGAUACACUCAUCAAUUAAGCACGCACCAGCCGAACUACUCUUUCGAGAUCGCUCAUCUUACAAGGACUGGCUGAAUAAUCAAAUGAGAAGGGAUCCAUGAAUUGCAAUUGAACAAGAAGAUCCGAAUUACCUACCAAUAUACAACUCAACGCCAGAAAGCCCACAUAGAAGCUAUACGCUCGAGUCAAACAGCCGAAUAGACCGGGCGCAGGUCUCCCAUAGUACAGAGAUCACUAUACACAUCUCAUCAAGCUCAUCAAGCUCUGGUGUUGAUAUACGAGUAACACCACCUUUACCAGCAGCGAUUCCGGCAGUAGCAGAAGCUGAUCCUGUUAUUGAAGUUGAUGCUAUCCUUAAAGCUGCUCAAAUUGCUACGAAGGAAUCGAGAGUACGAAUGAUGCGGAAGUAUACGAAGCAUCACACUAUUCAACACUUCAAAAUCGGCGAUAUCAUCUCUAUCAAGAUCCCAAGAGAAGAUCGAACCUCUACAGAUAACAAGAGACUCUUUGGGAGAGUCUUAUCAGAGCCAUACAGCCAUCGAUACCAAAUCCUUACCCAAUCUGGAAUUAUCAAGCGGCUUAUUCCAACCAAAUCACUCUGUAUAGUAGAUAGGACUCUCUGGUCCGAUAUACAGAUCCUAUCUACAACAAAAGAGAUUACACUACGAGAAGCAGCUCGAGAUGCAUCAACAAGCAUACGAGUUACUGUAUCUUGCCAAUGUAAAGCUGCAUGUAGCACACGGCGCUGUAGAUGCUUUCGAGAGAAGCAGAAGUGCAGUGUUCAUUGACAUAAUGACGAACAUGAUUGUGGGAAUCUAUCUACAUUACCGAUC